AUGACAGACAUCAUUAUCAGCCAGGCCCCUCCGGCCCUCUCCAUCCCUUCUGAAAAGGAGAAGAAGUAUGACCGCCAGCUUAGACUGUGGGCUGCAAGUGGCCAAGCUGCUCUGGAGUCUGCCAGCAUUUUGCUCGUGAACUCGGGCUCAGGAACUGUCGGCGUUGAGACCCUCAAGAACCUUGUUCUCCCUGGUAUUGGGAAGUUUACAAUUGCCGACAAUUCCACCGUGAGCGAGGCAGACCUCGGUGUCAACUUCUUCCUGGACGAGUCUCAUUUCGGCAAGUCCAGAGCCCAGAGCUGCACUGAAUUACUUCUGGAACUCAACCCUGAGGUUCAAGGUGACUGGUAUCCUCGAAAUCAGGAAGCCUGGGACCUCCACCGUCUUCUGGACAGCCCAAGCCCUUUUACUGUUAUUCUAUACACACUACCCAUGGAGCCCGAAGACCUCAAGACACUUGAGUCUUAUAGCCGAGAACAAAAGACGCCCUUGGUUGCCAUUCAUUCGGCUGGUUUCUAUUCUUACUUCAGCAUUCGGCUUCCUAGCGUUUACCCCAUCGUCGAUACCCAUCCAGAUGCAACCUCGACCACAGACUUGCGGCUUUUGGACCCAUGGGAAGAGCUGGAAGCGUUUGCUGAAGGAAUGACCAGAGACAUUGAAAACCUCAAUAACCACGACCACGGACACUUACCCUUUGUGGUCAUUCUUUUGCACUACCUCAAGGUCUGGAAAGCGUCCCACAAUGGCGCCGCACCGAGCAACUACAAGGAGAAAGUUGAGUUUCGAAAAAUGGUGGCCGACGCCACCCGAACCGACAACCCAGAAGGUGGCGAAGAGAACUUCGAAGAGGCCGUGGCCGCAGUCUUGAAGACCAUCCUGCCCCCGCUUCUCCCAUCUGCUGUCAAGCAAAUCUUUGAGUAUACGCACGCCAACGACAGCGUGGCAAAAUCGACCUUCUGGGUCAUUGCAGACGCAGUCAGAGACUUCUACGAAAGACAUCAAUGUUUGCCUGUGCCGGGCGGCCUCCCGGAUAUGAAGGCGCAGUCUAGCGUGUACAUCGAGCUCCAGAACAUUUACAAGGCCAAGGCUCGCAAGGACGCAGCCGAAGUCCUAGCCUCAGUCCGCCAGAAACCCGGUGGCGAGGGCGUCGACCCAGCCGAAGUCGAACUGUUCUGCAAGAAUGCGGCCUUCGUCAAGCUAGUUGUGCCCGCAAGCGGCGGAACCGAACAACUGCGUACCGUAGCAGGUAAGCACCCUUCCGUGAAGAUCGUCGAAGAUGGAGGUGUCGAUGCUCAUCAUUUCUUAGAACAAGAAUUUGCCAACGACGAAAUGGCUAAAGAGGGUGUGCUGCCGUUGUCACUUCUCCCCGUGUAUCUUGCCCUCCGCUCCACGUCACACACAGGCACGGCAUCACCGGACGAUAUUCUGGCCAAGAUUGAGUCGCUGGUCCCGGGCACAGCCGAUAACGAGCGGCUCACGCAAGCUGCGCAAGAGGUAUCCCGAGCUGGUGGCGGAGAGCUACACAACGUUUCCGCCGUGACAGGUGGCAUGGUGGCCCAGGAGACGAUCAAAAUCAUCACAAACCAAUACGUACCCAUUGAGAGCACGUGCGUAUUCGACGGCAUCGCAAGCCGGUGCCAGAUUCUUCAUCUAUAG